AUGGAAAAGAGAAAAGGGGGAAGAGAAAAGGGGAAAAGAGAAAAGGGGAAAGAGAAAAGGAGAAAAAGAGAAAAGGGGAAAAGAGAAAAGGGGAAAAGAGAAAAAUGGAAAAGAGAAAAGGGGAAAGAGAAAAGGGGAAAAGAGAAAAGGGGAAAAGAGAAAAGGGGGAAAGAGAAAAGGAGAAAAGAGAAAAGGGGAAAAGAGAAAAGGAGAAAAGAGAAAAGGGGAAAGAGAAAAGGGAAAAGAGAAAAGGGGAAAAGAGAAAAGGGGGAAGAGAAAAGGAGAAAAGAGAAAAGGGGAAGAGAGAAAAGGAGAAAAGAGAAAAGGGGAAAAGAGAAAAGGGGGAAAAGAGAAAAGGGGAAGAAGAGAAAAGGGGAAAAGAGAAAAGGGGAAAAGAGAAAAGGUGAAAAGAGAAAAGGGGGAAAAGAAAGGGGAAAAGAGAAAAGUGAAAAGAGAAAAGGGGAAAAGAGAAAAGGGGAAAAGAGAAAAGGGGAAAAGAGAAUAGGGGAAAAGAGAAAAGGUGAAAAUAGAAAAGGGGAAAAGAGAAAAGGGUUAAAGAGAAAAGGGGAAAAGAGAAAAGGGGAAAAGAGUAAAGAGAAAAGAGAAGAGAAAAGGGAAAAGGGAAAAGCGAAAAGAGAAAAGAGAAAAGAGGAAAAGGGAAAAGAGAAAAGAGAAAAGAGAAAAGAGAAAAGAGAAAGAAAAAAUUUGUUGUCGAGUUGA